AUGGAUACGCUCCCGCCUCCCAACUCCUUCAUCUCCUCGCUCACUCCAUCUCUUGCCGAAAUACAACUGCCCUGCAGAGGCUGCGAGCUAGACGCGAGGCAAUUAGAUGUGCUCGACACGGACUUUCCUCUGGCCGGUCAUGUCGAAGAACAGACUAUCGUCGCGAAGAGACUGUACACGCCUAUCAAUCCAUGGGAGACCAGACUGCUUAUCCUGCGUCGCGAGGAGGGCUCUCCCAAUCUCAUCACCACUCUCGAUGUGGCCACCGUAACUCGAGGCCGCGGACUGGUCAUCAAAGAGCGCAAUGAGCUGGUCCCAUACUUUGCAUUGUCUUACACCUGGGGAGAUCCACGGUUCGAUCGGGUUUUAAAAGUCAACCAUGAGAUGUAUCCCAUCACCAGCAAUCUGUUCCGUGCCCUUGUUCGCCUCAGCUACUCCAGCGGGCCAGUCCGAGUUUGGAUCGAUGCCAUCUGCAUCAAUCAGCAUGACCCUAAAGAGAAGUCGGCGCACAUUCGGAACAUCUUCUUUUUCUUCCAAGAUGCUGAUACUGUUGUUGUGUGGCUGGGAGAGCAUGGCCCAAAAACUGAAGCGACUUUUAGAUUGGCCAACGACUUUAUCUUGAAACAACAAUCGACACUGUGGAGCAUUUGCGACAUGCAUCAGCGUGUGCUAUAUUUUGGUUUACGGGACCUCUCGCGAAGAAAAUGGUUCCCUCGCACUUGGGUACGACAGGAGAUGUGGGCCGCCAGGAAACUGGCCUUCCUGUGCGGCUACUCCGUUGCACCAUGGACGACACUACAAAGAUUGCAUCUCAUGACUAGUGAAUUCCCUGGGUUUAAAUGGCGGAAACUUGCCAGGGCCCUGCAACGAUCACUACUCGGGCUCGAGGUCGCCUCUCAAGAGGAAGUCCUGACUCGCCGCCUAGGAGACUAUCGUAACCCCCUACUACUGGACUUACAACCCCAACGCAAGGACAUCAUGAAUGUUCUCAAGCGGACUGCGACCUGCGAGUGCUCUGAUCCUCGUGAUCGCAUCUACGGCGUCGUGGGAAUGACUACAACAGUGAUUACUGAAGGUGACCCGACCUCAGAGGAACCGUCACUGCGGAUUGAUUACAACAAAAGUGUGAGCCACGUCUUCCAGGACGUCUCUCGAUAUGUUAUUGCACGGGAUCAAAGUCUGGCCUUGCUUCAUCUGAACGCCUCGUAUGGUGCGCAUGUUGAAGGAGAAGCCUUGCCAACGUGGGCUGUCAACUGGCAGCGUCCGUUUCUUGGUGCCCCGGACCUCUCUCGACCAGAGUGUUUGAUCAUGAGCGGCCGCGUCGUUGGCGAGCUCGUGGCAGACGAGAUCGUCACCAGCUUCAUAUUCGCUCAAACAGCGGCGGACCAUAUGCCUUUCAGGAUGCGUAGCAGUCCAUUAUUUGGGACGGACUUGGGGGAUGUGUCGGGACGAGUCUUCCCGUCUAUACCUAUUGGACCAGAGUUCGAGAAGCUGGUAAAGGCCAAAGUUGAGCAGCAAGCUAUCAUUGUCUCAGUCGACCACAGGAACAACGAAAACAACGACUAUGUCAAGACAGUGUCGAUCCGCACCCAACAGAUGAUCCUCAAUCGAGUCCUACCCUGGCGAGCUGAUCCAGUGCUCGCUCCUGAUAGCAUACCCUUGCGAGAAGUCGACAGCAAGCCUUUGAUGUGUCAAAAUCAUCCACAUUAUAUUAGCGAACACUGUGGGACGAUGGAGCUGAGAAAGAGACCAGUCUACGAAUCCCUGGACUUUAACCACCAGCCUGAGUUCUUCGGUGCCGAAAGAUCAUCCCAUCGACAUUACGAGGACAAGCAUCGAGCCCGAUGGUGCAAGCAACGCUCUCAUGAAAGCCGACCCUUUCGUGUACGAAAUGGCAUUGCUUACUCGUCCUGGAGCGUGCCUCGCCAGGCCCACGUCGAUGAUGUGAUCGUUCUACCGAGCCUGACCUGUAUGCCUCUUGUCUUGCGUCCCAGCCUACAGAUGGAAGGAGCCUACGAGUUUAUUGGGAUGGCGAUGAUCAUUGCGGGCACGUGGAGUGGGAAUUCUCCGUGCUGCGAUGGGCUUCCUUCGAAAGAUGACGACGAAGUUGAAUCGUUUGACUUGUUGUGGACCUGGCUGGACUAUGGUUCGAGAGCUGCUGGGGUUGAGCCCACUGAUUUCACGGUGGUCUAG